UCAGUUCUGUGCUUUGAAAUAUUUUCUGCCAAAACAAAUUCAGUACAGAUCUCUCCCUGGGGCCAAUACUGUCUCACUGGUUGAAAGAAGUCUUUUAAUGUACCUUUUUAUAGGUGUGAAUACAGUCAGCAAUGGCCUCUUAGAACUGUUGCUUUUUUCAGUUGGGAAUCCCUAAUGAGGAUCUGGUUGUCUAGCAACUGCUGUGAAUGUAGUCAUCAAAAUUCCAUUUUAAACCGGUGCUUAUUCGAACCCAGUUCAGUUUCCCUUUUUAAGGGGUUUCCUCGAUAAAUGUAUCAGUCCAAUAUAUGUUUGAUUUAUUUUUGUUUAAAGUUUGGGUCUUAACAAAAAAAUGGGCCAAAAAAAAAAACUGCGAAAGAAUCUUUUACAGAGAAAAAUCACCUCCAUUAGAGUAACUUUAGUGGCAAUGAGAACGUCCUCCAUCUACACUGAUCAAUGGCCAGCGAGGCGUACUGAUGGAAGCAACUUGUGGGGUACUGGACUUGCUUUGCCUCUUGAAUAAAAAAAUAAUAAAGGAAACAUAAAUCUUAAUCCGAGCCAAAAGGAAGCCAAAUUUUGACCUAGGCCUAUUUCAUGGAAUUUUACGGCUGUUGUCUGGUGAGAGAGAGGAGAACAGACAGAGGCUUGGACGUAGAACUGGGCUUAUGCCGACCAGGGACUAAUGCAGGCUCUAGUGUUUAUCCACAGUAAAGUUUAUUAUGAGACUGGUGUGACAAUUCAUUGGCGUCUGAUGUGGAAGGAGGGCAAAAACCAAUAGAAUACAGUGACCUGUGGUUCCUGAGGUUCUGGGUGAUUAAUUGUCAUUUGACAGGUAAUGGUCCUAGUGGUUGACUGUGGUCAUGUGACAGCUGAUGAUCCUAUUGGCUGACUGUAGUCAUGUGGUGGCUGAUGUUCCCAGUCAUUGAGUGUCGUCAUGUGGUAGCUCAUGAUCCCAGUGGUUGACUGUAGUCAUGUGACAGGUGACGAUCGUAUUGGUCGACUGUAGGAAUGCGGUGGCUAACGUUCCAAGUGGAUACAUGGCACAGACUGUGGCUUUAACCCGAGAAGGCCAAUGGAAAUGGGUUCUUAAACUGAAUGUAAGUGUUGCGAUUGUCUGUAAGUGUGACCGCUGUACUUGCUGAGGCAAAUCGUUCCAAGAUUUUAAUUCUUGGCGCCUGUAAGUUCUGCCACCAUGUCCUGUAGGGGGCGCUGUUUAAUUAUGUGCUCUGUGAGCUCUCAUUGAGCUCAAUGAGAAUGUGAGCCCAAAGAUAACGGGCAAAUAUGGGUAAUGUUUGGUCUUUGUGUGUGUGUGGGUGUGCGUGCGUGUGUGGGUGCGUGUGUGUGUGAAACCAGCAGGAGAGGACCGGUUUGGAUUAGGAAUUAAAUUGAAGAAUUGGAAAAAAUCUAUUGCCUUCUUCUGAAACCAUCUUUAAAACUGAACGUGACAGAACUACCACUCAGGAAUUAUUUCUUUCUAGGCUUUGAGGCAAUUAUUUUUAGAGUUUUAUUUUGUGAAGAAAAAGCAUGCUCCUUUCUCAAGUGGAAUUUUACAUUUAAUACAGCAUCGCUGUUUCUCUUCUGAGUGCCCGAGGGUUAUAAGAACCAUCGUAAAAUGGAGGUCACUGUAAAUGGACGUUUUCUAGGUUUUUUCCUCUUGCCUGUGAUUAACAAGCCACUUACCCGAGUUCCAUUUUCCAUCAAAGGAAAUGUGGCGUUUCUCAGAUGGGGAGGUUAGCUGACAACACUACAUUUCAUUCGAAUAUACCAGAGGCUGCAGAUAUUGUUGUUGCAAUUGUAUAUAGUAUAUUUGGGGUCUGCUCGCUGUGCGGAAACAGCGUGCUGCUGUACGUCUCCUACAAGAAGAAGCACCUUCUGAAACCCGCCGAGUUCUUCAUCAUCAACCUGGCCAUCAGCGACCUGGGCAUGACCCUGUCCCUGUAUCCUCUGGCAAUAAUGUCCAGCAUAUACCACAGGUGGCUGUACGGAAAAACCAUGUGCUUGAUCUAUGCUUUCUGCGGAGUGCUGUUUGGGAUUUGUAGUCUGACGACUCUGACUGUACUGAGCACUGUAUGCUGUCUGAAAGUCUGUUAUCCUUUGUAUGGGAACCGGUUCAACCCAGACCACGGCCGGCUGAUGAUCGCCUGCACCUGGGCGUACGCGCUGGUGUUCGCCUGCUCGCCGCUGGCCCACUGGGGCGAGUACGGCCCCGAGCCGUACGGCACGGCCUGCUGCAUCGACUGGACGUCCGCCAACACGCAGGCGGCCGCCCGCUCCUACACCGCGGUGCUCUUCCUCUUCUGCUACGUCCUGCCCUGCGGCGUCAUCCUGUCCUCCUACGCCCAGAUCCUGGUCACCGUGCGCGGGUCCCGCAGGGCCGUGGAGCGCCACGUCUCCGCCCAGACGCACACGAGCGGCGUCCAGACCAUCAUCGUCAAGCGUGGCCGUGUGCAUCGGCUUCUUCGCGGCGUGGAGCCCGUACGCGCUGGUGUCCAUGUGGGCCUCCUUCGGCCGCAUCGAGAGCAUUCCGCCGCUGGCCUUCGCCGUGCCCGCCGUCUUCGCCAAGUCCUCCACCCUCUACAACCCCAUCGUCUACCUGCUGCUCAAGCCCAACUUCAGGCACACGGUGCGCAGGGACGUCGGGACCCUGCGGGAGGCGUGUUUGGGCCGCUGCCUGCGCCUCGGCGGGCUGCGGACGCGGGGCCACAGGACCCCCGCGGAGGCGGGCCCCGGGCCCCUGAAGAGGAGGAGCGGGUCCAGCUCGGCGUCGGCGCCCCCGGGGCCCCGGUGCUCCAGCUGCGCCGGCGAGAGGUGCGGCGACGCCUUCCAGUGUUUCAGGAACUACCCCGGAGGCUGCCGGCUGGACGUGAACGCCGUGCAGCUCUCCCUCCCGGAAGGCGCCUCCGCCGGGCCGGGACGGCACCCGAAAGCCCGCCGUCCCGUCGAGAAGAAGGCCGUGAGGGUCGUCGUCCGCGGGAAGAAGAGCUCCGAGAUCGACGGCCCGGAGAUAGCCCUGGAGACGGUGCCGACGCGUGCAAAAAACUGAAUGUCCCUGAUGUUAACGUGUUAUGUGCUUUAUCUCUUUUUAAAUUAUUAACUUUACAACAAAACGAACAAACAAAAAAACGUUUACCUCAGUACUUCAAAUGUGAAUUAACCCUGGGUAUGUUAUUGCAGUCUGGGCUAGUGUUGAUCAGUGCCAUCGAAAGAAUGGAUAUGUGCGGUUUACACUCAGGACAAGUCAGACAACGCACGUGUCUCUCUUAAAAAAUAAAAUAAAGGUUUGUACAGCAGGUGAUCAGUGAUCAAUGGUGAGAGAUAACUGAUCUCACUGAAUUAUUCUUUCAAGCAUACAUGCAGUUAUUGCAAAGGAAAUCAAAUGUACCUUGAAUGUUUUUAUUCGCACAUAUAUUUAAGUUCAACUACACAUUGAACUAUUUAAUUCAGGUGUAUCUGUCACCGUACUGUUAUUAAGAUUGAAGACCCUGCUGAUUAAAAAAAUAAAUAAUAAAAAUGCUGUUGAUAACAUGCUUGACAGACAAGUACGGCACAUACUACAGCGGUGAACCAAUCAGGAUUAGAUGCCCACAGUGAGCUAGAUUUGUUUCCUGUUGGUUUUGUUUCUCUUUAUCUCAUCAGCAGGCCUUCAGCUAAACCAGAGGCUACUGCACUGGGUGACAAAAUAAUUCUUAGGAAACUAUUACAUGUUAAGGGAGUUUUACAUUUUAAAUGUUACGUGCUUCCUUCAUUCAGCUUUUAAAAGAUUUGUUUUAAUGCCCAAGGCUAUGAGCUCAUUACAAAACUGAUUUAUUUAAAUGUAUUUACUAUUUAUUUAUUUUUUGCAUUUUUGGCUUAAUAACCUUCUUUAAUUUCAGUUCGGGUGAAUUCCUCAGUCCAGGGUUAAAAGUCUCCUCUCACUUCCUCUCAGGUUUUCAAAGUUGUGGGUUUACAUGAGAAGAUCAUCUUGUUGUUACUUUUCCCUUGAAAAUGUCCUUAAAACAUUAAAUGUACAUAAUAGUAUAUGUUUAAACUUUUUUUUUUUUUUUUUAAGGCUGUGCAAUAGUUGAAAUGUUAAUUUAAAAAUAUCUAUUUUUUAUGUUUUCAUGUGCAUAGCUUCUCCCGUAGAGGAACCACGCGCAGUAUUUCAGAUCCGUUGGCUUUCUGGUGAAGGUGCUGCCUACAACCUAAUGUGAAGAUAUUGUGUUAUUUCUUUUUUUCCCCCCCUCCAUUUACUAGGCCUCGAUGUUGAUAAGAUGACGUGCAAAUGAGGAGAAACAGGAAGCUAUUAAGCUUCGCGAUGCGCACGGCCACUUUCGUACGGGCUCCUCUGUUCCCCCGAGUGGCUUUUAAUGCUCGUCAUGGUAGGACCUGGCUAUUGGAAAGCAGUGAGAGCAAACCAGAGGCACAGACUCGCUCUGAAUAUCAAACAUUUGCCUUCUUUUUUUUUCUUACGUUUUCAUCAGAGGAAAUCGCUUUAAACGAACCUCUUUCAUGUUUACGUUAGCGCUGGUUCAAGCGCGCGCGUGUGUGUGUAUACGUGCAUUGCAAAAGAAUUGUCUUUAUCAUGUCACAUGUUAUGCUGCAGUAUGCUGCCGUGGUAUCUUUACAAGCAGGGCACUACAGGGAUUAGCGAAAAAAUAAUGUAAUUACAACUGUUUUAUGAUUCAUUCCAGAAACAUCCUUUUUUGUAGAAGUCAAUGGUUGGCAGUACACAUUCGGUGCAUUGAAGUUAACGGUUCACAGUAAGUGUGAAUAAUUUAGUUCACAGUAAAUCAAGGUGCUCAGGGCGAAUUAACCUUUACCGAGUAAUUCGGGAUAAGCUCCUUGCUCAAGGUUACACCGGCGUUGUCCCACACAGAUCAAAUCUUUCGGCUCCUUACCCAUUUUUCAAAAUGAGUCCAUGCCGUUGCCCCGGAGACCGGCAUCACAUUUAAUCUCACAGAAGGACAAAUAGCAACCAAAGAAAAGACAAAAACCGGGGUGUUUUCAAAGUCGUAAAAACCACUGCUGCGAACAUAUACUGUAUUAUGCAAAACAAAACAAACAAAAAAACUCUCGGGAAGACUUUUCUUAGUAUUGAAUUCCUUUAAGCUGAAUUGCAUGGUUAGAGUCAGUUUUAGUGGAAUAAAUUAGGUAUGGCUAGACAUCACUACAUGAGCCUGCAGGAUAGGAGUAGCUCAUCGGAUUCAUCAUCAUCAUCAUCAUCAUCAUCAUCAUCAUUGUAUUUUCAUGGGCCUUCUCUUACAAAUUAUCAUACAGGGAAGCCUGUUUGUCAUUUUGCCUAAUUUAUACGUAAUAUUCAUCUCCAUCAUGUGGAGCUACAUCUCAAUCUCCGAUCCACUCCAAGCUUUGGAGCCAUGUUUGAUGGCAUAGCACCAACAUAGCAUCAUGUCAGAACGCAUGCAGUACAUAUGCGGAUCCAUUUUAAAAUGGACAGCUGAGAACAGUGUAUUAUUUACCAUAUCAUUGAUGACAAACUGAUAUAAACAGGCAUGAAAUUUGGAAAACAAAUAAAGCAAAUGUGAAAUUAAACAUUC